AAAGCUCUGAUAUUGUUCAUAGAAGAAAGAGAGAGAAAGAGAAUCGGCGCUUUGUGCUUUGGCUGGGUUCUUUUCAGUUUUCACAUUUGCAGCAGCACACAUCUCAAGCAACCCAGUUUCUAAUGGAAGCUGCUAUUUAGAGCGAGCGAGCGUGAUCGAUCUUUCUGUAACGGCUAGUUUCGACAGUGGCCAGUAGGGGGGGGAGAGAGAAGGGACUGUGAUCAUUGAGAAGAGCUCUGUUGCUUCUUUUGAUAUGGAUUACGACAAUGACAAGGAACCAUGGGAUUGGCAUAAGGAGGAUCAUAUUCUCGAAAAGGCUUCCAAUAUGAGCAUGUCUCAGGAGCUGUGGAAUGAAGUACCUCAAAAUGAAGAGGAUCUUUCCUACAUGCUUGAUGAUGAAACAACCCCAGUUAAGGCUUGUGGAGAUUUGGCUUACCAUGUCAAUAAUAGUGAUAAUUUACGGAAUGAACUAGAUGAAUGUAGAGAGACCUCUUCUCAAGUAAAGAGGCGUCGGAUGCUACAAUUCAGCAGUGAAGAUGGGGACGUUUCCUUGUCCUACGAAGACAUGUCCUCAGAAUACCUUAAAUUAAAUGGGAAGGAAGACUCAAUGAAAGAUGUUCUUUUCGAAGUUUCACAAUUGUUAUCUGAGACAUCAGGAAAUGCAUCUGGCUCCAGUUGUGAGGAUCUUGAGCAGUCAGCCGAAGGAUGGCUUGCACAAUGCUUUAAUGAUGCUGAAAUGGAUUUUAGUCCUGAUGAUAUCAUGAACUUUUCGGGGCAAGACAAUGUUCAGAUUAAUGUCUCAGAGCCCUGUGAUGUCUCACCAGCUUAUGAACAAAAUGUGGCUCAGAAGCGUGUCACCCGAACACCCAAAAAUAUAAUCUUUAAAGGGAGGAAAUCUUUCAUACGAGCACCCACAAAAUUGGCUUCUUCAGUGGCCUAUCCAUUUGCCUUCAUCAAACCCAGUGGUGCUCAUGGAGAUGUAACGCUGAAAGAGAUAAACCAGCGGAUUCAAACUCCACCUCCUUCAAAACCCAAAAAAAGCAGUGAAGAAGAUCCAUCUGCUUACCCUAAAUCAGCCUUUUCAGGGAAGCCUGUAGUUGGGAAGACGAAGAUUCGCACAGAAGGAGGAAAAGGCAGCAUUACAAUCAUGAGAACUAAAGGCUAAAUUGUAAGUUAUUAAGUACUAACUUUUUGUCUCAACCCCUAAUAGAUGGGGUUGAGUUGAUCUACUGUAAUAUAUAU